AUGAAGGCACAAGGCGCAACGUUCCUUUCGGGCGCUUCGGACCCGAACGGUGUGGCCAAUUGGGUAUCGGCUAACCGCGGAAUGGCGGCGCAGCAUUUUGGUGGAAGCUGCUACGCAUCAAGCGACGCGUCUGCGGGAUCGAGGCGCUGCGCUGACAACAAGUUGCGUGUGCUGGGCACGAGCAACAUUUUUGUUGCGGAUGCCAGUGCUAUGCGCGACGGCACCGUGAACCCGUACGGCUUCAUCAUGUACACCGGCCGUGAGGCUGCCGAAAGCAGCUCAGGGUGCCACAUGACGUAG